AUGGGUGCUAAAUUAGGGGAAGGGUCGUUUGCAACAGUGCACAAAGGGAAGCACUUAGCUACAGGAAAAGAUGUUGCUAUCAAGAUUGUUAAACCAGAAAAAGAUCUAGAUUUCGGUGGGGACAACCCAAGUGCGUGUCAUAUCAGCUACAAGGACGUUCUGAAGGCAAUGAAGAAGGAAGUGGAGUUCAUUGAACGAGUUGGCGUUCAUCCACAUAUCGUUGAGCUGAUGGGAACAUCGGACAAUUGCCAAGUGUUUAUCAUGGAAAAAGCAACAAGUGACCUUUACCAAAUUGUUAGGAAGAAAGAGAAGACCCUUUCUCUGCAGUCUGUCUCAGUUUGGAGUGAACAGAUCCUCCAGGCUAUCGAUUUUAUACACCAAAAGGAUAUAGUUCACCAGGAUAUCAAAUCAUCGAAUGUCUUAAUUUUCAAUGACAGGCAAUGUAAGAUUUGUGAUUUUGGCCUUGCAAGGUCGAAUGAAGAUGUAAUGUAUGUCGAUCGUGAGUUGGUCACGUUGUGGUAUAGAGCCCCAGAGCUUCUCCUUGGAGAUACAACAUAUACCAAGAAGAUUGAUGAUUGGUCAGCGGGUUGUAUUUUGCUGGAAAUGAUUAUUGGCAUUUGUCCUUUCCGAGGCAAUGCAGAGAACAUUUGUAAUUGUCCACAGGUCACGCACAGGAAUUUCAACAGCGAUCAGCUGAUUAAGAUUUUCAAAAUGCUGGGAUCCCCUGAAGAGAAAUACGUCAAGAAACUUUCUUGCCAUAUACACAUGAAGGGUUGGCCAACGAUGCAAAGUAAACUGAGCAACAUGGUAAGCAUGUCAAUAACAAAGGAAAGAUGCCCACCAGACAUUGCUCGCAAUGAGGGUGAUUUGAGGGAAACCAAGAACGACUGGUUGCAGCUACUGCAGGGGCUUCUAUACAUCAAUCCUCACGAAAGGCUCUCAUGCAAGGAAAGCCUCGAGUCUCCUCUGUUCCAGGGCAAGGGUGCUGGGAGAAGGCAGAACUCUCCUUUCGGGAGGAAGCAGUCGGAGAGGCCCUUCGACUUGGCCAGGAGGGACGAGGAGGGCGGCAACAACUCUGCGAUGAGACCUGGCUCUGCUCAGAGGCCUCACAUGGCAGAAGAAGAGCUGCGCUCCAUGAGCCUUUCUCCUGUGCGACGAGUGGCUUCGCCCCCCGGUCGCACAUCAAGUUCGCACGUGGUCAACGGCCGAGAGCUGACGACAGCGUCAAGUCAGUCCCCAAACAACUUCAAACGACUCAUGCAGAGGGCGCGCACUCCAUCGCCUAUUAGAAAUCAACCCGUCAGCAGAGGCAAGUGA